UAUCUGCUUACCAAGGAUCGAAGGUAUGUUUAUCGGACAUCUAGUCGGUGCUUGUUUUCCGUCUCAUGUUCAUGUUCAUGUUCAUGUCCAUCAAAUUCUCGUGGCACCCCUGGCUCGGAGUUGCCUCGUGGUCUCUCACUAGCUUUAGCCCUACCAUCGUUUAGCCCUACCAUCGUCGCGUCUUCUUCCCAAGACCAACUGAGGAAAUAUCCCCCUGCUAUCCUAAUCUCUAAUCCUGGUGUCGCGUCUCCUAAUAAUACUUUCCCGAUACUUCGUCCAGCUACCCUGGCAUCGUAUUAGAGUAGUACUCAACCCGGGUUUCUGGCACCCUUCUAUUUUUGAGGCUCUGUUACUCGUCUUCUAGAUCUCUUCUUCAGCCCUGAACAUUAUCGUGUACUCGCGGCUAAGAGGGAGGGGCCGAAAAUGUCUACGUCUGGUGCUAAUCUAACUACGGGUCAACCAGACCGUCAAGCAAGUCCGCAAUUUCUCGACGACAUCUACGAGAGCGAAGUAGACGACCAAGACCGUCGACAGGCUCGCUCGAAAUCCCCAUCCGACCUUCUCUCCGACGUCUAUCGAGGUAUCAAAAAAGCCAUACCUAGUCGGGAAGACUCGAUAAGAAAAGUGCCAUCAAGAUUGGCCUCUUUUAAAGCACAUAAUACGAAUACUGUAGCGUUAGAACCUAGCGGGACACCUACUCAAGCGCGACCACCACAUCUGCAACAUGUCAGGAAUUUGAGUCUGCAGAAUAGCCUUGAGAAACCGCUUCCAGCGCCGCCACCACCUUCAUUGUCCCCCUCGAGUCCUGUACCACCUGUGAUCUCGUUGAAUGCCCCACAAGAUAGUUUGACCACCAUAGUCGACAGUGGUACUUCCAACGAAGCAGGCUUAGAUAGUGGGACGAGCGCCAUGGAUUCCAAUCAGAUGUAUAAUGGUGCUAUGGAUAUGAGUAGCAGUCAGAGCAGUAUAGCUAGUUUGAGAACUGACGGUGGAGAUGGUCAGAGGGAUAACCUGACACCCCGAAGUAAUGGGCCCCUCUCAGCUGGGCCCUCUCCGCAAGCGGCCUCCACGGGAAGGAAUCCUUCUAUAGGUGCAGCCGUCGGCACUCCUGCGACUUCGGGAUCUUCCGCUCACCUGUCCGGAUUGAUGUGCAAUGUUCACCGCACUACUGGCCAGGAGCCCCAUCCUCUAGUCGGGGCAACGACUACGAUAUUAGGAGACAAGUUGUAUGUUUUCGGUGGGCGGAUUCUAUCGCGAAGUCGCCCAGCUCCCCUCACCUCGGAUCUUUACGAGUUAGAUCUUAUUCGGAGGCAUUGGACGAAGGUCGAGACCACUGGAGACAUCCCCCCGCCGCGUUAUUUCCAUUCCAUGUGUGCUCUAGGUGACACUAAGAUGGUCUGCUACGGGGGUAUGUCGCCUACAGCUACCCAACCUGCGUCGGCAGCUCCGGAUCAGCAACCUGAAGUGACUGUGAUGUCUGAUAUAUACAUUUACGAUGUUACUACGAGGAAGUGGACUUACGUUCCCUCGCAGGAUGCUCCGCAAGGCCGUUAUGCCCAUUGUGCGUGCAUUCUACCCUCUUCUGCGACAUUUGCGUCGCAUAAGGCCCCUCUGUCUGCUUUGCAACAUAAUCCUUCAAAUGGAAACCCGAACGAAGGCAGAAUCGGCAUCAGCAUUGACGGUGCCGGAGGAGCAGAGAUGGUUGUAGUUGGUGGUCAGGAUGGAGCGAACCAUUACAUUGAACAGAUUAGCGUGUUCAAUCUCCGAAGCCUGAAAUGGACUUCGACGCAACCGCUUGGAAAAUCCUGCGGUGCCUAUCGCAGUGUGGUUGCUCCCCUACCACCUAAUGUCACCGCCAAAAUAGGCAAAACUUCACGCCAGGACAGCGUGAUUAGCCAAGAAGCCAAGGAACCGGGUUCAUCGAUGCUCAUCUACUCGAACUACAAUUUUCUAGAUGUGAAACUGGAACUUCAGAUCCGGGGUCCGGAUGGGUCUCUCGCUGAAAAACCUAUGUCGGGAACUUACUCCCCGCCUGGAUUACGAUUUCCAAACGGUGGCGUUAUUGAUACGUACUUUGUUGUUAGUGGUACCUAUCUCACAAGCUCUAAGCAGGAAUAUGCUUUAUGGGCUUUGGAUCUCCGAAAUUUGACUUGGGUACGUAUUGAUACAGGUGGCAGUGUCUUCAGCCAGGGUAGUUGGAACCGAGGCGUUCUUUGGAAUAGGCGAAACAUAUUUGUGAUUUUGGGUAAUCGUAAGCGGAGCUUGGUCGACGACUAUAACCACCGUCGUAUCAAUUUCUCCAAUGUCUGCAUGGUUGAAUUGGAAGCCUUUGGCUUCUACGACAAUCCCCGUAAGAUAUCUCCUCUGUCGGGAUUUAUAUCCGCUAGCAGUCCUUUUACGGCCCCUGAUCUCAGUAUUGCCAGGAAAGCUGGCUGGACCGGCGGGGGGAGAUCACAUAUGCGAGCGGCUGAAGAAUUGGGAGAGAAGGCCUUGAUGUUACGAGAGCUGGCGGAUAUGGACAUACUGUGCUUCCAUGGCGAGCGGAUACCUAUCAAUUCUCGCAUUGUUGCACGGAGAUGGGGACCAUAUUUCGUACAGUUACUACGCGAAGGUGCCGCUACUCAAGAUGGCAGCGAUUCAGCAACCUUACGGACGGGCGUGUCCGGACAAGCGGGCGCGCGCAAUUCUGUCCUGACUAUUACUCAAUCUACCAGGAGCACCGGCGGUGAUAGCAACAUGUCAAUGGCUACUACACUCAACAAUUCUUCUCCCGGGUCCUUCAAACCUAACUCAUCUGGUGCGGCAGGCGGUAGUGGUUCGGGGGAUCCUGGCCAUGUUAAUUCGGCACCAACUCCUGCAUCACUACCUCCUAGUUCUCGUCCGAGAUGCCUCUACCUUCCGCAUACUUGCCCGACCGUUCAGGCACUUCUGCACUUCCUCUACACCUCGUCAUUACCUCCCCCAUCAUCACCUCUUUGCACUCCUCAGAUUCUCUGCUCGCUGCUACAGAUUGCUCGACCUUAUAAGAUAGAUGGGUUGUUGGAAGCUGUAGUCGAACGACUCCAUGCCCGCCUGGACUCGCGUAACGCCGCCGCCGUGUUCAAUGCUACGGCUAUGGCAGCUGGUGGCGGUCGCGGGAUUGAUGGUAGCAUGAAUCCUAAUUUCUACAUGGGUCUCGAGUCCUCACUGGGUGGUGGUACUAUUAGCCCCUACCAUGAUCGGUCAAUGUCCAUAUCACAGUCAAACACAGACGAAGCAGCGGGUGGACUUUCAAGCCUCCGGAUUAAUACUAGCGUAUCCGGCGCUAGGUUGGAUCCCGAAGAACUAAGCGCAACAACAAGUGUAUCGGGUAGUGAGUGGAGUAGUGAGCUUGGCGAUAGCGAGCGUGGAGCUGUCAGGGAAGUAUGGAGUGGGGAGUUGAGCAGUGUGAUCGGGCUGCAGAAACGUGGGCUGAGAGGAUUAAUGGAAGGUCGACGAAUGAGAGCGACGGUUGAUCGCGAACGAGACGGAGGUAGAACGGAGAGACUCGGCUCUAGGGUAGGGUUAGGGAUUGCGGGAUCUUAGGAGGAUCAGCUGGACCACGCUGGAUCAUACAAAGAAUAUCACUCAUAAGCAUAACUCGGACACGACACGCGGUAACAUUGGUUGGAUAGGAGUUGGGUUUGGCAGGGCGCAUUAUGUGUAUUAUGUGUAUGGUGUGAAGAAAUACUCCAAGUCACCUAACGGGGGAAUUUGCAUGUGUACCUGUUGAGAUACCAACUGACGCUUGCACUACGAGGCAGAUCUAGCUGCUUUGCACAAUUUACCUAUACAAGAGAGCAGCAAUACUGUUUUCAUUAGAGAAGAACGAACCCUGCCUGUGUUAUGCGUGUUGUACCGAGAUAUUUGUUAUGCAAGUGAUUACCUGAUUACCUGUGAAAAGAAGUUAUUUUAUCUGUUUUUCAUUAUUUCUCUACUACUUAUUCUGUAUACGUUCCUGAUAUGUAAUCAACGUUUUUCAAAAUCCGUAUAAUAAAAUUCGCAUCUCCCCUUUAGCCCCGUCCCAUAUCCCAUAGAUGUAGGCGCCGCGGUACAUGAAGAUGAAGAUGCACAUGCACAUGCACAUGUCGAGUUGAAUUGUGGAACGGUCUAGGCGAUGUG